UAGUAUUGAUUGUUUUAUUUAUCAUGCCACAAGGGAAAUUUAAAAAUAAAUCACAAGUUUCUUUUUCAAAGAAAAAGAAGAACGAACCAAGUAAAAGUAGAAAAGCAUGUCCAAUGCCUUCAAAAAAACACAAAUAUGAAGAAGGUCAGCGGAUUAAACGUAUGAUAAGUAAAAAUGUAAACAAAAUGGCUGAAGAUGAUUUAAGAUCAUUGGCUAUGGAUAACAAGAAAGUGUUUCUUUCAAAAAAGAAAAAACAAGUUGCACAAACAGUUAAAGCUCCAGACCCUAAACCUAAACAAAUCAAAGUAACCCAAAAAUGAAUUUUAUAUAUUAUAAUAUUAAGCAUAAUAUAAAUUUAUUUUUAACAUAUAACUGAACUUUUUUGUAUGAUUGAAUAAUAAAGUACAUUUU